CUGCUGCAGCACCUAGCAGCCUUCACUGACUGAAGGAAGUGUGUUGGGGGUUGAGUGGAGCAGAGCAGUGCAGUGCAGCAGUUCAGGAACAGAGUAGGGCUUCCAUUUUAACAAGGCCAACAGAAGCCAACAGCCAGUAGUAGGAGUCAGCUGCAACAGCCUGGGAGGGAGCAGCAGUGGGGGCGGCAAAGCCGGACAAAGUGAGCUCACAGAAGUGCCUCUGAUCACCCUGCAACCGCAUUCCAGCACAGGAGAAUGAGCCAGUCAGCCUCCUCUAAGCCUGUGUGACGGGACCUAAACUAAACCUCAUCUUCUCUUCUUUGCCUGGACAUUAUCCCCCUUCUCUUUUUCAGCAGGGUCUGAUUGACAAGGGAUUUCAAAGGAAGAAGGAGAAUAAAAGUUCCUAUUUUCAGUUUUGAAACGGAAGAAGACCCAGAUGUGAGAAUGGAUGAGGGAUACGAACUUGACCUGACCUACGUGACUGAGCGCAUCAUUGCCGUGUCCUUCCCUCGGACAUGCUCAGAAGAGAUCUACCUCCACAACCUGAAGGAUGUCACACGGAUGCUCAAGUCCAAGCACGCCGAUAACUACCUGAUUAUCAACCUGUCGGAGAAGAGACAUGAUCUCUCUAAAAUGAACCCUAAGACUCUGGACACGGGCUGGCCUGACCUGCAUGCCCCUCCUCUGGAUAAGAUCUGUACAAUUUGUAAGGCCAUGGAAGGCUGGCUCAACGCUGACCCUCUGCACGUGGUGGUCAUACACUGCAGGGGUGGGAAAAGCAGAAUUGGAGUGGUCAUCUCAUCGUUUGUGAUUUUCACUGACAUAUCUGCCAGUGCUGAUCAGGCCUUGGACCGCUUUGCAAUGAGGAAGUACUAUGACGACAAGGUCUCAGCAUUGAUGACACCUUCUCAGAAAAGGUAUGUUUGGAUCCUGAACAGUCUCCUGAGUGGGUCGAUGAAAAUGAAUGCUUCUCCACUGUUCCUGCAUUGCAUCAUUCUUCAUGGGAUACCCAACUUCAACCCUGCAGGAGUGUGUCGCCCAUAUCUGAAAGUGUACCAGGGAAUGCAAGCUGUCUACUCCUCCGGGGUCUAUCACAUUGGGCCUGGACACAGAGACAGGAUAUGCAUCAGUCUGGAACCUGCUCAGCUGCUAAAGGGAGACAUAAUGGUGAAAUGUUACCAUAAGAGUGAUGUCACUUCGGAGCGUGAGGUGAUCUUCCGGCUCCAGUUCCACACGGGAGCAGUGCAGGGCUACAACCUGAUGUUCGAGAAGGAGGACAUGGAGACUGCCAAUAAAGAACCUAGAUUUCCUGAUUACGGGAAAGUAGAGCUGGUGUUCUCCGAGGGUCCGGAGAAGAUCCCAGGUGCAGAGCGCUGGCAGAACGGGGCAGACGUCAGUGUGGACUACAACACAGCCGACCCUCUAACACGGUGGGACUCCUACCAGAACAUCAAUGACGGGGAAGUGCCUCGCUCUCAGGGCCUGGCCCAGGACAAAGCAGCCCUGUCCAAGAGGAGCGCUAAUGGGGGAGGAUCCACCAACAUGACCCUAGGCCGUGGAGCCCACCGAGCCACAUCUAUCACCAGCAGCCCCGACCACAGCGACCACGCCCUGUCAGCCAGCAGCGACUCAGGCCUGUCCAGCACCUCCCUGUGGACCGAGCGACCCCCAGUUCCCAUCACCACCAGCACCAGGUCCCAGCAGGGUCCCAGCCGCCAGGAAAAGGCUCAGCUGAAGCGCCUGUUGAGUGGGUUCGGCCUGGAGGAACCCUCCCGAGAGCUUGAGGAGAUGUCUGAGUGCGGAGGUGGAGGGCCAGGAGGGGUGGCCUUCCAGAGACUGGUCCAAGUCCAGGUGCAUGUCGUCGGAGACCCGCCGCCCCCCAGGGAGAGGGAAACGGACAUCCUGGAUGACCUGGUCCUCCUGUCGGGUCAUGACCUGCACAGUGUGGACAGCCUGGGAACCCUGUCAUCAUCCUGUCACAAGAGCAGCCAGAAUUCCCUGCUGUCGGAUGGCUUUGGCAGCCCCGGGGGAGAGGAGCUCCAGCACCAGCCUCCCCACCAGCCCCAGCACCACCACCCAGCCCCUGCAGCCAUGGAGGAGUAUGAGAGGGCCUACGCUGAGGCCCGGAGGGGCUGUCUGGGCCAAAGGAGUGCUUCAAUCUCUGCCUCCACCCCAUCCAGCACUAUUCCCAUGCCCAAGCAGCAGGUCUACCUGCAGGGCAGCUACUCCACACACACCUGGGUGCGCCAGCAGCAGAUGGUAGCAGCCCAUCAAUAUGCCUACCUGCAGGCCGAGGAGGGUGAGGAAAGGGAGAGGUACCCAGGGGACAACAAGCAGCAGGAGGGAAGCCCACCCAAACCACCAGCCUCUACAGUGCCACAACAAAGCUCUGUGCUGCGGAUGGACACUGCUGUCCAGAGAACGGUGAUGGCCCUGCCACAAACUCACACUGAGCAGUCUCCUGCGGUCGUCAACAAGAACAAGCGAGACGAGGAGUUCAACUCUUUGACCGUGGACAUUGAUAACUCCAUCGACCAGCUCAACCAGUUGAUUAUGGACCUGGACCCCACGUUCAUGCCGGUCCCCACACGCUCCAGCUCGGUCAAGAGGAACGGAGGUACAGGGAUGCACGUGAAUGGCUCUGCCACCACCACCACCACCACCGCCACCUCAACAGGCUGCCCCAAUGGAGUCAGUCACAGACUCAUGGAUAACAGUACAGCCCCACUGCAAAGCACACAGCAGUCAGCCGUCCCAUCAUCCAUUGGUGAUGUCAGAGUGGACGCCAUGCAGAGUCUGAGUCGGCAGGUCAGUGAUGUCACAGAUCACCAAGGGUUCUGUGGCUCAGGUUGGGGUGUGCAGGAAGACUACAGGAGCACACGGACCUAUUCACCCUGCGUACCUCACACACAGCAUGGCAUGCUAUUUAGAAGUGACAGUGUGGACUACAGAGCUCAAGGUCCAGAGUUGGACAGCGGAGUGGAGGCUGGUAGUGACAUGACUCCUCCUACUCCUGCCUUCCCCAUCUCUCCCCCUACACCUUAUGUGAAAAACAUGCCGGAAUUCCCUCACCUGAGGCAAUCUCCAUCUCCCAGCAUGCAAUCCUUUGGAGCUUACAGGAUGGAGCAGGAGCCUCACGGUUACUUAGAGAUGAUUGGUCACCUUCCCCAGUCCACAGAUGAGGGCCUACCAGACUCCUCCUCCAGCAGCCAUAGGUCCUUCGGCUCCUCUCGCUCUGCCUUCACAAGUGGGACGCUCCAGCGGACAGACAGCCCCUCCAUGGGUCAGCCCUGGCCAGAGGACAGAGCCCUCCUGAGCCGCCACGCCUCCCUCAGCACCUGCCCCACCCCCAGGCACCCCCCUCCCCACUCCAUGUCCCUGGACUACGGACACCACUCCCCUCCCAUGCACCCCCACCCGGCCCCCAACUCCCACAGCUCCCCCCGGGGAAGCCAACGGAGCCACAUGGCCCGCUAUGCCCUCACCCACAGCCCCGCACACAGCUUUGAUGAGCAGGACGACUCAGGCCUGGGGAGCUACGGCACCGCCGACUGCCCAGUCUCUGCCUCUCCUCUACUGGGGAACGGCGGCAUGGAGAGGGGCAUGUUGAUGUCUGGUUCCAUGGACCAGCAGGGCACCAUCCGGACCCAGCAGCACCAGCAGCUCCAGGCCCAGGGGGCCUUGCCUCCGCUGCUGCCCGAGAAGAGGAGGGCGUCAGACGGGGAGCACUCCCUGGGCACGGCCUCCCCAGCCCCCAGCGGGUUCUCCAGCCCACACAGCGGGAGCUCCCUCAGUAUCCCCUUCCCCAAUGUCCUGCCUGACCUCUCAGCCUCUGCACAGAUGCCGAGCACUGCCUCACCUCUGCCAGAUGUCCUGGCCAUCAAGCAGGUGACUGUAAAAUUUGUGCAAGACACAUCGAAAUUCUGGUACAAGCCUGAUAUCUCCAGGGACCAAGCUAUCUCAGUCCUGAAGGACAAAGAGCCUGGGUGUUUCAUUGUACGCGACAGCCACUCCUUCAGAGGUGCCUAUGGGCUGGCCAUGAAGGUGGCCACACCCCCUCCCUCAGUCCUGCAGCAGACCAAGAGAGGAGGAGAUCUGUCCAAUGAGCUGGUCCGUCACUUCCUGAUUGAGUGUACACAGAAAGGAGUUCGGUUGAAGGGCUGUCCCAAUGAGCCCUACUUUGGAAGUUUAACAGCGUUGGUGUGCCAGCACUCAAUCACUCCACUGGCCCUACCCUGCAAACUCAUCAUACCUGACAGAGAUCCUCUUGAAGACAUGGUGGAGAAUACUACUACACAAUCUAUUACCAACUCUGCUGCUGAGCUGCUCAAACAAGGAGCAGCAUGUAACGUGUGGUUCCUGGGCUCGGUGGAGAUGGAGUCUCUGACGGGGUACCAGGCUGUGCAGAAGGCCACCAGUGUAACGCUGGGCUCAGACCCUCUGGGUUCAGACCCUCUGCCCACCUCCACCGUGGUCCACUUCAAAGUCUCCUCACAGGGUAUCACCCUCACCGACAACCAGAGGAAGUUAUUCUUCAGAAGGCAUUAUGCAGUGAACACUGUCAUCUUCUGUGCAUUGGACCCUCAAGAUCGGAAGUGGAAAAAAGAUGGCUGCACUUCCGCAAAGAUCUUUGGCUUUGUGGCGAGGAAGACGGGCAUUGGGCAGGACAACGUGUGCCACCUGUUUGCCGAGCACGACCCCGAGCAGCCCGCCAGCGCCAUUGUCAACUUUGUCUCCAAGGUGAUGAUUGGCUCCCAGAAGACCAAGUAGACCUGCCACGCUGCUAGCUGAUUGGCUAAUGGGGCUGUUUCUAAAACUGGAAACUGUAUUGUACAACCCACAACCUGCGGGUUAUGACCCAGGACUUAAUACGUUGGACUGGAAGCCAGCGGAAAAGAGUUCCACCCACAGAACGAGAAUGAGUUCUGUGAGUCUCUAUUUCUAUGUUUCCACCACCUAGGAAUGGGAUACAACGAACAAUGGAUAACUGGACAUGGGAUAGAUUUCUCUUGAUAACGAGCAUGCAAAGACUUGUAAGUUACAGCUCCACCUCCUAUCCAAGUAAACUCCGAGUCACAGCACAGAGGGAGCUGUGGACCAUCAGCAGGACAGGAGACUCAAUAAAAUAUUUAUUGAGUCGAAUGAAAACUCAACUUCCUUUGACUUCAUUUUCUAAUAGACUCUCGUUAUGAUGAGCAUUAGGGGUGUGUAUGCAGGGAAACAUAGAAUACAACAGGUAUAUUAUAACGUGUAUUUCAUUUAUUGUUAUAGAACUAAUACAGGUGUUUGCAUUUCUUUCUUGAAGGGGUUUACAGUUUUAUGUAUCCCAGCUCUUUAUAAGUUAGUUACAUAUUCCUAUUCUCAACAUGCUCUGUAUGGUGUGAUACUAUACUAAAGGUAGUUACAUAUUCCUAUUCUCAACAUGCUCUGUAUGGUGUGAUACUAUACUAAAGUUAGUUACAUAUUCCUAUUCUCAACAUGCUCUGUAUGGUGUGAUACUAUACUAAAGUUAGUUACAUAUUCCUAUUCUCAACAUGCUCUGUAUGGUGUGAUACCAUACUAAAGUUAGUUACAUAUUCCUAUUCUCAACAUGCUCUGUAUGGUGUGAUACUAUGCUCAAGGGAACCCUAGAAGCCUGGCAUGUAAGGGUUUGCCAUGUCUAAUAUUUAACCAAAAUGAAAUAAACAAUAUAAAUAAAGCAUUACUCAAGCUAUUAAAAAGGGUAAUGAAAAAUACUUAAUUAAUUUUUUUGUUUUUUGUAAAUGCACCAAAUACUAUUUUCAAAGUAAUCUACUGACCUUCACACAUCCCUACACUCAAGUUUUACCAUCCCAAUCAUUUCCCUUGAACUUUGAUGUUGCUCUGGAAAUGUAUGUGAGUUUAACCACUAUCAAAACUAAAAUACACACAAAUGCUGUGAUCUGGAUGGGGAGUGUUAGGAUGAAUUAAACCACAGAUCAAUAUUUUAUUUGUAAACCCUAAUAUAUUAUAUGAUUAGUUUAUCUAAUUAGUUCAUUACUUGUACUUCAAACUCCUUUAUUACUUAAUUCAGUAAAACUUUGUCUGGAAGAAUGUUUAAACAUUGCUACAUCACUGUUUGUUUUUCCUCUGGCUAGUCUCAAAUAAUUGUUUUCAAGUGUAUUUUUGGUGGUAUAUUAUUGCCUCUAACUAUAUAUUGGAAUGUCUCAUUGUUAAUAUAUUUUAUAUUAUAUAUAUAUAUAAUAUAUUAACAAUGAGACAACAUAUAUAUAUAUAUAUAUAUACAUUAGAGGAAAAUUGUAUUAUAUAUUUCAUUUGGAAUUCAUAUUUUUUUGUGUGUUGGAACAAUAGGUGAUUAUUGAGCUAAAUGGAAAAGUGCAAAUGUAUUAACAUUGCCCACUCAAUGCAUCAUAUGAGCUCAAUCAAGCGCAACUUUUAAAACACAUUUUUGUCUAAAUUGACUUUCCUGAUCACUUAUUUCUUUAUGUCAAAUAAUCUGGACAGGGACCAUCUAAUCCAAUACGGCUUCGUUGAAAUAUUAUACAGUCAUUGUUUAUGUACAUUUUCAUUGUAUUGUUUCAUAUUUUUAUCAUGAUGUGCUAGUUAUACACUUUAUAUACAAAAGUAUGUGGA